GCCCCGAGCAGAGGGUGCAACCCCAAGCCAGGCAGGCCCCUAGCGGCGGUUGGGCCUUGAGGAGUCUCGCCGCUCCCUCCUAAGCAGUGGACUCCUUCGAGGCGGAAAACUUACUUGCCAUGUCGGCUGCGGAGGCGGGAAGUGUUUUCCACAGAGCUCGGGGCAGGACCCUGGAUGCGUUUUCCUCAGAAAAGGAAAGGGAAUGGAAAGGCCCAUUCUACUUCAUCCAAGGUGCGGACCCACAGUUUGGACUGAUGAAGGCCUGGUCCACUGGGGACUGUGACAGCGGUGGUGACGAGUGGGGGCUGGAGAUCCGUCUGACUGAGCAAGCCGUCCAGGCUGUCAACAAGCUGAACCCCAAGCCCAGGUUCUUUGUUCUGUGCGGGGACCUCGUCCAUGCCAUGCCCGGGACGCCCUGGAGGAAGGAGCAGACGGAGGACCUGCAGCGGGUGCUCAGGACCGUGGACGGCGAGAUCCCGCUGGUCCUUGUCAGCGGCAACCAUGACGUGGGCAAUGUCCCCACCCCCGAGACCAUCGCGGAGUUCCAGCGGACUUGGGGAGACGACUAUUUCAGCUUCUGGGUUGGGGGCGUCCUGUUCCUCAUCCUCAACUCGCAGUUCUUAUACGAUGCCUCCAUGUGCCCUACCUUGAAGCAGGCCCAGGACCAGUGGCUGGACCAGCAGCUGAGCGUCGCAAGGCAGCAGAAGUGCCAGCACGCCAUCGUCUUCCAGCACAUCCCGCUGUUCCUGCAGAGCAUCGACGAGGACGAUGACUACUUCAACCUCGCCAAGUUGGUGCGGAAGGAGAUGGCAGACAAGUUCUCCCAAGCAGGUAUCAAAGCUGUGUUCUCAGGCCACUACCACAGAAAUGCUGGGGGCACCUACCAGGACCUCGACAUGGUGGUAUCAUCUGCCAUCGGAUGCCAGCUGGGCAAGGACACCCAUGGGCUCCGAGUCGUGGUGGUCACCGCUAAGAAAAUCGUCCAUCGAUACUAUAGUUUAGAUGAGCUGAGUGAGAAGGGAAUAGAAGACGAUCUGAUGGAUUUGUUGAAGAAAAAAUGAUUGCCGAUUAUGAUUUAUUCACUUUCACUUCUACUAUUUUUUCAUUUUGGAAGAAACAGCAGCUGCACACAACCCCUUAUUGAAAUAAAAAAGUAUACCAGGCAGAUUUGUGAAUUUAUGUCCUUUUGCUUAAAUCAGAGAGGUAGGUCCUGUAGUAAAUGAUAUUUAAAAUAGAACUGCCCUCCCUAUGCAAAAGAGAGGGGAGGAGCCUGGAAAUGAAAGAAUAAAUGAUAUUAUUAGAAUCUC